AUGCAUGAUGAGCUGAACAUGGACGGGGGUAACGCCAGAAGCAUGGUGGGUGAACGGGAAAAGGCGCUGUUUUACCUGAGCAACCACGCAGACAACAUAUGCAGCGUGAAAUUCUGCAGCGAAGAUGUGUUGAUCUCUACGUGCGAUUGUGGAAUGGUCACCUUAUGGGAUUUAAAUAAUUUAACAAGCACAGGGAAUUACAAGGUAUCAAAUUAUAGUGCACUAUAUGCGUCCCUUUUUGAUAAGGACCAUUUUUUUGUAAAAACGAAGGAAGGGUCGGUAAAAUUAUGGGACAUAGAGCGUAACCAUUGUGCUGUAAAAUUAGACGCCAACAAUUAUACAUACGCCAAGCCGUACUCUGUAAAUGGAAAUAUAGUCACGCCUGUAAAUCACAAUGGGGACAUAGCCAUCUAUGACCUGAGGACGCAGACAAAUUUGCCACGUAACAAUACCCUAUGCAAUGACUGGGACAAAGGAAGUAGUAACAGGCUGGUCAUACGCUUUAACAAAAUAAAGAAAAGCGUUGGAAAGAUCAAAAUGAUAUCUUUGAAUGGAAAGCAGAAAGAAAUCAAAUCCAUUUUGAACAGCGAAUUGAAGUUAUGUAGUGAUGUUUUGGAUAUUUACCCAGUUCCAUUUUGGGGAGACUCAUUCAUCCUGGCAUGUUACGAACCCUCGCUUUUUUUAAUCUACGAUUUUAGGAUGACUAACCAGUUGGUUUCGAGCUUUACAAUAGACGUGAAGGAAAAUGUCCUAAGUUAUCACAUAAAUAAGAACAAAUGCGUAGUUAGUACGAGUAACAAUUCUGUGUACUCCCUUACAUUGGGGCAGAAUGAAGAGGUCUGUUUGGUUAAAAAGGCACACUGCCCAAAGUAUAAUAUGACUAAUUUGGUGAUAAGAUCGGAUAGUAAAGUCUUCAUUUCAAUUACAGACAACUGCUCUAUUAAUAUUUGUGAUUUACACCACAUGGAAGUCAUAGACUGUAUUAAAACUUAUAAGUUUAACUGUUUCAAUUUUGUUGACUUCCACCCUUUUUCUGGCUUGUUCGCAGUGGCAGAACAGAAUAAGGUUUCCAUUUGGGCGAAUCAGGCCUCCAGUUUUGAGCUACCCCCCUCCAGUGGUGACCACUCAGAGGUGGUGCCACUUGGGUGA